AUUGCUUUAGGACCCAAAACCAAAAUACACUACUAUACCCCACACACCUACAACCAACAAAGAUAUGCUCCGGUUCUUUCUUCCCUACGUGGUUCUAGUAACCACCUUUUCCGUUCAGUUAUCCUAUGCCAUCUCGGGCCGGAGCAUUUUCCUCUUGGCGGGCCAGAGCAACAUGUCCGGCCGAGGCGGCAUAGUGAACGGCACGUGGGAUAACUAUAUCCCACCAGAAUCCUCCCCCAACCUCGCCAUCCUCCGCCUCAGUGCGGACCUCAACUGGCAACUCGCCACCGAGCCGCUUCACCGGGACAUUGAUACCACAAAAGCAUGCGGUAUCGGGCCCGGUAUGGUGUUUGCGAGUUGGUUGUUGAGAAAGGAUUCCAGCGUUGAGGUGGUGGGCUUGGUUCCUUGUGCGGUUGGAGGGACGAAUAUUAGCGAGUGGGCCCGCGGUGGCCAGCUUUAUAAUGGGCUGAUAGGGCGGGCUCAGGCGGCGUUGGAGGGUGGAGGUACUAUCCGUGGGCUGUUGUGGUAUCAAGGGGAAAGUGAUACGGUGAGCCGAGAAGACGCCGAGUCGUACAAGACUCGGUUGCAGAAUUUUUUUACUCAUUUGCGAGCCGAUCUCCUGUUGCCCGUGCUUCCCAUAAUUCAGGUUGCACUAGCAUCCGCAGAAGGACAAUACAUAGAGAUGGUAAGAGAAGCGCAACUUGGAAUGGACCUCGUGAACUUGCGAACCGUUGACGCAAAAGGUCUACGUCUCGAACCGGAUGGGUUGCACUUGACCACACCAUCUCAGGUAACUCUUGGGAAGAUGUUAGCCGAUACCUUCCUUCAAAGCCAACCUUCAUCCAUCACAAGUAAUGCUUCAAAAACGCCUCCAAACUUUUUAACAAGUUUAUUGGAUGUUUUCAUAGGGUUGGUGCACUUUUUAAGUUAUUUAUUUGUAAAGUUGAGCUUCAAAAUAAACUAACUAUUUAAUUGUUAGGUGUGUACAUAAAAAAAUCAUUGUAACCAUUCUUUGUCAUGCACACAUUUUUCUGAGACGUGGUGAAUAAAGGAGAUAUGGUUUUUAAA